AUGGAGUAUUUAAUUCCCUUUUCACAUGAAGGGGCGAGUAGACAGCCGAAAGCAGGUCUUGCUUCAUUUUCCCCUCCUCUCAGAGGAACUCUUGUACAGCACUGCGUGUCUCAAAAAUGUGCUUUGUGUGUAAUUCUCAGUUCCUUGAGGGGGGUGUUGGUUUUUUACCUCUUGUUUACAGCUACACUAGGAGCUGUGUUUGGAGUAACUACGUGCCUCAGUGCCCAAAUCAGAGAGGAACCAGACAGUCCCUUGGACUAUUUCAUAGGAGGCUGCGCAACGGGAGCCGUCUUGGGUGCAAGAGUUCACAGUUACAUGACUGGUACCACUGCGUGUUUGGGGUUUGGAAUUACUGCCGCUCUCUUCAAGAUAGGUAACAAGGAGGGCUGGAGGCUGACGGGGCCUCCCAAGCUGUAACUGGAGCUUUCCUUCCCUGCGAGCUGUCUUUCGAAUGCUGUAUGUAAUAAGACUUUGUGUAAUAAAGAGACUGUCAAAUCAGCAGCUGUCAC